AUGGCAAAGAUGUUCGUCCAACUGCGUGGUGUGGUGUACCUGUUGGUACUUGUGCAGUGUUGUGUGUUUUUCGUGCACGCCCAAGAAGAACAGACGGAUCCAUCGGGCGGCGAAUUCGGGAUAGCGGAGCGGAAGUUGCAGAUGUGGGCGGCGCAGUCGGCCGAUCUGCUUGCGGAUGGAAGGAGUUGUUUGUCUGUGUGGGAGAAGGAGUUGAACGAAUGUAACGAAACCUAUGGGCGUGCCAAGUCUGUUCUUGAGGAAGCUGGCGACCUUGAUGGCAAGAUUGAAGAGAUCGAGAAGAAAACGGACACACUGAACAGUACGUCCCCUGCGAAUGGUGAGGAAUUGGAUCUGCUUCAAAAAUUGCUGGGGGAAGCAAAGGAAACUGUAAGAAAGACGCAUGAUGCAGUUGAUAAGACGGUAUCGGCAAUCAGAAAAACGAGGACUGCGCGUCAGUUUUGUGAGGUUACGCUUGGUAACGUGGACGACGUCCUGAAGCAGCUCCACAGUGCGCAAACUUAUUAUUCACAUACACUUGAGGAAUACAAGAGAACUUUCGAGACGGAGGAUAGAAUACAGCUUAAUAAAAACAGCAGCAAGACGUACAAAGAACUGGAUAUGGUCAGGGCAAAUCUCACUUGGUUGGUUGUGCGUACGCGCUUUGUUGUGGGGGAUGCCGACGCCAAGGUGGAUGCAGUAAAGAAGACGAUGAAUGGUGCAAAAAUGAAACUUGGGCGUAUUGAUGUUGCGAUUGCAAAUCUUCUACAGAAGCGACAAGAGAGCCCCGAUAAAAAUAAGAUCGAGGUGAUCAAGAGUGAAGUCGAGGUAGUUAGAGAUGCCGCCAGGACUGACACCAUGAACACCAUAGUGAGUAUAAUGAGAGAAGAGGAUCCCCGUGACGAGGAUAGAAAGGUCAUUAAGGAUAUUACGGAAAAGCUGAAAAAGGAAAGGGGUGCGAAUUUACUGAGCAUCCAACAAGCGAGAAAAGCUGAAGAAGAGAGGUUAGCUGAAGAAAAGAGACAGGCUGAAAAGCAAAAGAAGGAGCAGGAGGAUAGAGCGAAGGAAGAAGCAAAAAGAAUUGAAGAAGAAAAAAAAAGGAAGGCCGAGGAAGAAAAGGCGAGACAGGCGGCAGAAAAGGUUGCGGAAGAAGAGGCAAAAAGAGUUGUUGCAGAAAAGGCGAAAGAGGCAGCAGAAAGUGCCAGGGAAGAACAAGCGCGACAGGCAGCAGAAAAGGCCAAGAAAAAGAAGGACGGAGCUGUCAGUCCUGCAUUGAUGCACAUUCCCUUGAUUCUGCUUGUUUUGCUGUUGUGUGUGCUGGGCUCCACUCUCGUGUGCUGA